UGCCCGAAGUGGACGAAAUUUUAAUUAUUUUUCAGAUACAUAGCGAAUGAAAUGUAUGAUGCUAUCAAAGAGGGAGGGAGUACGCGGAUCCUAGGCCAUUUAAUGCGAGUCCCAGCACCACAUUAUUUCUUUGCUCUCAGAAUAAUUUCUACAGAUAAAUUUGUUUCUAUAUCUACUACUAACUACAAGAUUCUCAGCUCCAUACUCCUUUAUUACACUAUAUUUUCGAAAUAAAUAAUCCCACCCAUAUCUACGCUUAUACAUAUCACUCCUACCCACACAGACUAUGUAAAAGAUUAAGUUCCGUACCCAUGAUAUAUUAAUUUCGAACCUAUAGAAUCGGAGAAUAGAAAUAAGUAUAUGCCCAUAAUUUUUGAUAAAAAAUAAACGUUAUACUUCAUUUCAUCCUUACCAUGAUAUUUCAUUUUUGUAGCAUUCCACUCCGCCAAUAUUUGAGAAAAUUAUUGCUUAAUGUUUUUUGGAUCGAAAGAUUGUUGCUUGAUUUAUUGCGCCAGAUGUUUGAUAUAAGACAUGUGAUGAGAAUCAGGCAAAGCCACAAUUUUACUGCGCUGAUGAUGCCCAUCACGGGGAAUUAUUUUUAUGAUUAAAAUUUUAUUCGAUAUACUGCGCCAGACUUCGAGAAUCAGCCACAGCAAUUUGGUUAGACGCGUAUCAGCGAUCCCGAUUUUCUCAACGAAUAUUAAAAGGAUCAAGAAAGCCAAUCAAUAAUCAAACCCACCUUAUUAUUAUUUUGCGGAAUAUACUCGUUUGGUUGAUUGUGGAUAUUAAUGAUGAAUAUAACGGAUCGAUUCUGGAAUACGCUUUUGGGGUAAAUUAUGUUAAUAUGAUCGCAUCACGAAAAUCUGAUCAACCUCCUCUCCUUAAUUUAACACUAUCCAUAUGUAAAGAUCAU